AUGCAUGCAGAGCAGCAAAUCACUUUGUUGGUCAACUCAGAUUCUCAGGCAUUGUUCAUUGAGUCAGACUCUCAACUGCCAUUUUUCAAUUCAGAUUUUCAGCUGCCAUUCACUGAACCAGACUCUCAACUGUCAUUCACUGAAUCAGACUCUCAAGUAAUUGAAUGCACUUCUGUGGACAUCUGCAUCUUCAGAGAUCUGAUAGACAAUGAAGAACAUAGCAUCACAGCUAGCACUGCAUCUGAUCAAUCAGACACUGAGUCUGAACCAGAAGAUGUUGUCAUUCAAGACAUCUUGAAGAAGAUACUGCAUGACAUGAGAGAGUCAUCUGAUUCUAUUAAUCUCAUUUCACAAUCUGAAACUUCUUUCAAGCAUAUCAGUAUGUGUCAGAAUGAGGCUGUGGAGAAUCAGAAGACCAAAUUCAACAUGAUUAAGACAUCAGUAAGUGUUAGUGAAGAUGCUGAUCAGUUUAUGAUUGUGUUAAGUCUCUGA